GCUGCAGCAGAAAGAUCUGCAGCAGCAGCAGCAGCAGCAGCAGCAGCAGCAGCACUCCCUGCUCUCGCGAGCAGCUGUGUACAUACAGCUGAUGCUCCGGCAAACCUUUCGCUGGACGCAAUAUCGUCCUCGCCAGCUUCAGUAGCAGCAGCAGCAGCGAGGCGUGCAGUCGGUCUAGGUGGAGGGGUGGUUCCUCGAAUGACGGGGUUUUUGCCCCAGCAGCAGCAACAGCUGUUGCUGCCGCCUCCGUCACGGACGUGCAGCGACACUGCAUGCGAGUCUUGCAGGGUGCUGCCUGAUUUUGCUGCCGAUGCGUUGCUACUAAAGCAGCAACUGGGUGACUUGCUGCAUCGUCUUCACAGCACUGGGGCAGCAGCAGCUGCUGUUGCUCCCCCCGCUGCUGUUUCAGAGGCAUCCAGUGCAACUCGGCAACAGGCACACCAUCACCUGCUUAAGCUUCAGGGGCAGCUCCAGAAGCAGGCUGUAGAGCAGCAGCAACAGCUGCAGCAGCAGCAGAAGUUGCAGCAGCAGCAAGUUCAGAUGUCUGUUCAGGUUGGGGAGCUAGGAAACUGGCAUGCAGCGUUUCAGAGGCAAUUUGUGGAGCAACAAGAGCAGAUUCGAGCGCUGCAGCAGCAGCUGAACGUUUUGCAGCAGCAGCAGCAGCACGUGCUGCAGCAGUUACACCAACUGCAACAGCUUGCCCAGGAAGAGAACUCCCAACUGCAGGCGGCACUGCUCUAUUUUGUCACCGAGCGAACGCAGCAGAAACGUCGAGGUGCAGCAGCAACCCCACGCGCAGCGGUGGUGGCCGCUGCUGCUGCUGCUCUUAAGAGGACGCAUGCAACGUCUGUGCGAGCCGCGGAGGGAUUCUCGCUCGAGGCGUGCUCCCAACAGCAGCAACAACAAGGCUUGUUCUCGCCUACCAGUAGUGUAGCGAGCAGCGCAGCAAGCAGUUGUGUGCCUACAGCAACUACAGCGGCAACAAGGGAAGGCGACGGGCUGGAGCGGCAGUAUGCACGGGGUCAAAAGCAGCACGACAAAUGGAAAUUAGGAGCAGAUACAGCAGCAGCGCCACCGACCACACACACUGGACGCCCCUCUGCAGAUAACACAGCAGGGGGGGCAACGCUAGCAAGGCAACGCCUAAGCAGUGGCAGUAGAAACCGAGUUCCCAGUGUAUGCAUCUCGGAUAGUGACUAG